CUCUAACUUCAUCUUGUCAAAUAUAUUACAGGUAAUCCGCCUCCAAGUUUAUCUCUAACUCCAACCUGCCAAAUGCAUUUAUUAAUGGAGUCUUGUUUCUUUACCAGCUCUUCUCCCUAUAUAUACAUCCCCUUCCUCACUUCCACAACUCAUUCCCUGCACAACCUUGGUGUUUAUACAUUUAUAUAGUACAUUAUGCAUUGAUUAUUUAUAUACAUUUAAGAAAAACAAUAACUGAUAUGGGUAGCAUCGAUUCUUUCGGUAACAAUUCUCACCAUUUUAAUCCAUUAGAUCCCGAAGAAUUUCGAAACCAAGCACACCAAAUGGUGGACUUCAUCGCCGAUUAUUACCAAAAAAUCGAAACCCACCCAGUUCUCACCCAAGUUCAACCCGGCUAUCUCCGCACCGCCCAACCCGAAAACGCACCGUAUAAACCCGAACCCUUCGAUUCCAUCCUCAAAGACGUUCAUAACCAGAUAAUUCCAGGCAUGACUCAUUGGUUAAGCCCCAACUUCUUCGCAUUCUUCCCAGCCACCGUAAGCACCGCUUCUUUCCUCGGCGAAAUGCUCUGCACCUGCUUCAAUUCCGUGGGUUUCAACUGGCUCGCCUCACCGGCCGCGACAGAGCUGGAGAUGCUCGUCAUGGACUGGUUAGCCAGCAUGCUCAAGCUUCCCAACUCAUUCAUGUUUUCCAGCACCGGCGGCGGCGUCAUUCAAAAUACUACAAGCGACGCCGUUUUGGUCACUCUCGUCGCCGCCAGGGAACGGACGAUUCAUAAACUCGGCCCUGGUGGUCACCUGCAUAAACUCGUCGCCUACGCGUCUGAUCAAACUCACUCUACGUUCACCAAAGCAUGCAAAAUCGCCGGUUUACACACGUGUAAUAUAAGACUAAUUCCCACGUGUUUUGAUUCAGCUUUCGCUUUAUCUCCUGUUUUGUUCCGUACGGUGGUCGAGGCUGACGUGGCCGCCGGGUUGGUCCCACUUUAUCUUUGUUUGACCGUCGGGACGACGUCAACUACCGCUGUUGAUCCUGUACAGCCGCUGGCUGACGUGGCAAACGCUUACGGCGUUUGGGUACACGUGGACGCCGCAUACAGUGGCAGUGCAUGUAUCUGUCCCGAGUUUAGGCAUUACUUGGACGGAGUGGAACGAGUUGACUCACUGAGUUUGAGUCCACAUAAAUGGCUUCUCAGUUACCUGGACUGCUGUUGUUUAUGGGUGAAGAACUCAAACUCUGUGGUGAAAGCAUUGAGUACAAACCCAGAAUACUUGAGAAACAAACCGAGCGAGUCAAACUCAGUGGUGGAUUACAAGGACUGGCAGGUGGGUACUGGUCGAAGAUUCAAGUCACUCCGUUUAUGGUUCGUGUUUCGAAUGUACGGAGUGGCGAACCUGCAGAGCCACAUAAGGUCGGACGUACGGAUGGCGAAGAUGUUCGAAGGGCUGGUGAGAUCAGACGGGAGGUUCGAGAUAGUGGUGCCGAGGAGGUUUGCAUUGGUGUGUUUCAGGUUGAAGAAGACUGGGUCGGGUCAGAGGACGGAUGGGUUAAACAGGAAAUUAUUGGAUCGGGUAAACGGAACGGGUCGGAUAUAUAUGACCCAUACCGUCGUUGGUGGGAUUUUCGUGUUGAGAUUUGCAGUGGGGGCGACGUUAACGCAGGAAUGCCACGUAGUGGAGGCGUGGCAGCUGAUCAGGGAGGCAGCUGAUGAGGUACUUAAAAUGGAAGUUGGUGGGUGCGGUGAUGGAUUACGGGUUUGA